AUGAGCUGGCAAGGAUAUAGUCCUGACAUGUCUUCUUCGUCCAGUAUUCCAGUUCUUCAUCCAGGAAUGAAUGCAGCAGAUUUAGAAAAUCAUCAGUUAUUUUUCUACGGCCAAUAUCCACCGCCACCGGUCGACACAGGUGAAAUCCCCACAGAGUUUUUAUACACCAACAGUGAUUACUUUCCACCUGCGAUACCAUUAGAUGGAUUUACUGAACCAUAUUUACAGAACACAUAUCCAGAAAGCGCUGAAUUAAAAAAGUCAACAUAUAGCAGCUCUUCUAACUUUGCUUAUAUGCCAGGAAUGCCUGUACAUCCCAACCAGUUUAGUAAUUCAGAAUUUGGUCUGGCAGGAGAAUCUUCGGCUGACAAUUUUGUAGAAAAUCAGUGGACGCCGAAACUGGCAUGGAGCGAAAGAGGAAGGUACAAUCAGCCUUAUCGGGCAAGAGGCAAAAAUAAGUUUCAAGAUCGAGGACGAGUCUACAAGAACACACAUAAUUACUCAUAUUCAGAUUAUAAUCAGGGCGGUUACUAUGACAGAGAUGAUUACUACUAUGACACACCACAUUAUGAUUAUUAUAAUCAUCAUCACUACGAUAGGAGAGGGGGAAAUAUUGAUACUGGUCAAAGAGGCAGGGAGGAGGAUGUUCAGGAUCAGUUUCGAUUGGGAGAUGGUGAUGGAAAGCCUCACAGAAAAAAGAAUAACAGAGUUUGGUUAGAUCAGCAGGAUGUUGGCGCAAAUAAUGGAACAACUGCACUAACUAAUCAUAAAGCUGGCAAACAGGGUCAGAGCAAUAGAUACAGCAAAACUUUGAUUAACCAGGCUUUUGAUUCACGCGCUGUGAAAGGUGACGAUUUACCAGUAUCACAUAUAACUCAUGUAGAUUACAGAAAAGCUAGGGAUUCGGCGAACAAACAUAAUGAAUCACAUAAAGAUUUAGUUUCUCAGGUUGAAGAGAUGAUUGCAGGAAAAUCAUCAAAAAGUUCCAGAAGUGAGGGUUUUUUAGGUAACGAAAUCAAUGCAGAAUUGAACCGAGAUCAGGCUUCAUACAUUAGGGGUAGGGGCCAUGCUAGUGUGCACAACAUGAAGAAAAUCAGUGGAACCACAAGCAGGUCGGCUGAUACUAAAAAGUUUAAAAACGGAGUACAAGAAUGGCCAGAAAAUGAUGAAAGCCAAAGAGCAACUUUAACCGAACAACUGUCAUCCAGCAAGUAUGAGUGCAUGGUGUGCUGUGAUAACAUCAGGCCGGAGUCAGCCGUGUGGAGCUGUCAGAACUGCUACCAUGUCUUCCAUUUGUCCUGCAUACAGAAGUGGGCACAGUCAUCUCUGUGUAAAGAAACCAAAAGUUGGAGGUGUCCAGGUUGCCAGAAUGUUUCUGUAAACAUCCCAUCUCAGUAUCGCUGUUUCUGCGGUCGAAGGCGUGAUCCAAAUUACAAGCGAGGGGAAAUAGCACACAGCUGUGGGGAAACAUGCCGAAAGAAGCGGAAAGGUGGCUGCAAGCAUACAUGCACUAUUCUGUGCCAUCCUGGUCCCUGUCCACCUUGUUUUGCAAUGGUGUGGUUAACUUGUGACUGUGGCAAGAUUAGGAAAAAUGUCCGCUGUUCAGCAGCCGUCAGCUUCAAGUGUGAUCAGAUCUGUGAUAAAAAGUUGAACUGUUUGGACCAUAACUGCCAGGAGGUGUGUCAUGCUGGACCUUGUUCUCCUUGCCUGGUGUAUAAGAUGCAAGAAUGUUUUUGCAAGAAGAUGACACGCAAGGCCAUGUGUGGGAGUGAAGAAUUUGUACAGACUUCAUUCAGUUGUGAGAAGCCGUGUGGAAAAGAACUUGCUUGUGGUAACCAUGUCUGCGAGGAGCUGUGUCACCCUGGAGAUUGUGCUUCCUGUCCUUUGAUGCCUGGCAACCUCAAAACCUGCUCCUGUGGCAAAACCACACUCACAGAGCUUGAUGUCCCUGAGCGACACUCCUGCUUGGAUCCUGUACCCACCUGCAAACAGAUGUGCAACAAAGCUAUGUCCUGUGGGUCACCCACAAACCCUCACCUCUGUGACAAGACAUGCCAUGCUGGUGAAUGUGGUCCCUGCAGUAAGGAAACCAUUCUCAAGUGUUUGUGUGGGGCAACAGAGAAGAAGAUGCCUUGUGAAGUUGCCGUGACAUAUGAUGAACAAAACCCAUUCAAGUGCCAGCGUAGAUGUGGCAAAAAGAAAAACUGUGGGAGACAUAAAUGCUCAGAUAACUGUUGCAUUAAAGACAUCCAUAUCUGUGAAAUCGUCUGUGGUCAGAAGCUGUCCUGUGGUCUCCAUAAAUGUGAGGAGUUGUGUCACCGAGGAAACUGCAAGAGAUGCCUGCAAGCCAGUUUUGAAGAGCUGACUUGCUACUGUGGUGCUGAAAUGAUAGAACCACCUGUACCCUGUGGGACAAGACCUCCUGAAUGUCGUCAGUUGUGCACAAGGCACCAUGACUGUGAUCACCCAGUCCGCCAUCGUUGUCACAUGGAAGAUGUCUGCCCACCGUGUACAGACCUGACGGACAAGAUGUGCAUGGGUGGUCAUAUGCUGCGGAAGAAUGUACCAUGCCACAUGGCCAAUAUCAGCUGUGGCUAUCCCUGCAACAAACUGUUGCCCUGUGGUGAACACAAGUGCCAGAAAGUCUGCCACAAGGGUGAUUGCCUGGAGGAUGGUGCAGUGUGUACACAACUGUGUGAGAAGAUUCGGCUGGCAUGUGGUCACCCUUGUGGUGCCCCAUGUCAUUUGGGUCCAUGCCCUGAUGCAGCAUGCAAAACUGAGAUCACUAUCACCUGCCCAUGUGGACAACGAGCAGCGAAAGCCUUGUGCUCAAUAGGAGGUGACCACUCUGCUGAGCUGGCCCAGUUCCAGCGCCUUAGUGUCCAGACAAUUGCAGAGUCUGGAGGCCAAAGUGUGGACUUGUCACAGUUCACACAGACAAAAAAAUCUAACAAAAGACUGGAUUGUGAUACCAACUGUGGCAUCAUAGAACGUAACAGACGGUUGGCCUUGGCCUUAGAAAUCAAAAACCCAGAUAUAAAUGCUAAACUGGGAAAUCCAACUUUCACUGAAUUUCUUAAGGAUUACGCUAAGAAAAAUCCUAAGUUUGCUUUAAGUGUUGAGAAAAGCCUGACCGAUCUUGUGCAGUCAGCCAAACAGUCUGCUCAGCCUAACAGAAGCCACGCCUUCCAGUCAAUGAAUCGGGAGCAGCGACGUUUUGUACAUGAGCUGGCCGAGUUCUACGGCUGUCAGACACAAAGCUACGAUUAUGAGCCUGUGAAAAAUGUGGUUGCCACGGCUACCAAAGACAAGUGCUGGCUGCCCAAUGUUACUCUCUCUCAGCAUGCUUUGAAAGACCAGCUACCAAAGCUGCCUCCGCCAAUUUCAACUUUCAAGACUCAGGGUGUCACAUUCACUGUGUUAGAGAAGAAGAAGACUACUGGCCAGGAUGCUCCAAGCACUUCCAGAGCGUGGGGGGAUGUGGCUGCAGCUUCUAGCACCAAGCAGGAACCUGUUGUUGAUUAUUUUGAUUUUACCUCCAAUUAG